AGGCUGGACGUGAUUACACAUGCGGGGCCAACAUUUACUGUUUUGCCAAGGAGAAUAAGGAGUUGUCAGUUUUCUGUCUUUCGAUCUGAAACUAAGCUAGCCGUGUGCCUCCACGGACGUUAAAACCGUUCGUCUAAAGACGUAACGUGUCUAUUUUGACGUACUCGUCUCGUGUUUUAAGUUUUAAUUGUUAGGAAAACCUUAAUGUGAUGUUUGGAGAUAUAAACAGCAAGAUUCACAGCAGCUAGUUGGUCCGAUCUAACAGCUGUGAGGGUUUUGCUGUAUUGUUGGACGAGUCACACGAACAAUAAAAGGUACGAGGAAGUCAGAGGAGUGUCGACUUUAUCUGUGGUUAAGCCGUAGAGGAUUCUCGCUGGUUGUCGGAGGAAAAGAUGUGCGAUGGAAUGGUAGCGUUCCCGACGAGAGCCCCGUCCUCCUCUUCUGGUGCCUCCUCCUCCUCUGUAGCCCACAGACUGGCGGCCUUUGCAUUUCUUCUCCUCUUCAUCCUGCUCCCUCAUGGUUACGCAUCAGGUUGUGCGCCUCCACCCGGAGUGGAGCAUGGGAGCCUGCUGAACCAGACCGAAUCCAACCAGGCCUCUUAUCCCCCUGGCUCCCAUCUUACAUUCAGCUGUGAUCCAGGAUACACACCAGAUGGACAGGCUACUAUCUUCUGCACCAGCGACGGAGCUUGGUCCCAUCCACCUCCAAACUGUAUCAAAAACAAUGUGUGUUCGCCGCCUACGGAACCAGAGAAUGGAGGCUACCGCUGUCACCCGACUCCCUGCCACCGCCUCACCCACAACACCGUCAUCGAGUAUUUUUGUGACGAGGGAUACACGAUGAAGGGAGAUUACAAGUACCUCACCUGCCUUAAUGGCGAGUGGGACAGUCCUAUGCAGAUCAGCUGCAGACUCACACAAGACAAGGACCCAAGCUUGCCUUUAGGGAUGCCAGCUCUGUCCAUCGUGUUGACCACAGCAAGUUCUGUGUUGCUCAUCCUGCUCUUAGUGGUGCUGUUUGUUCUAGUACAGCCAAAACUCAAGUCCUUCCAUCACAACAGAAGGGAGCCGGGAGUCUCAGGCCAGACUAGCUCCAUCAUGGUGGAGGGCGUCCAGGUGUCGCUGCCCUCCUAUGAAGAGGCUGUAUAUGGAAGCAGUGGUAUGUCUGGUUCUCCUCCUUCCCCACCACCACCUAUAGCACCACCAGAUCGAGUCCCCAUCGUGCUCUCCGAGGGGCUUCCUCAGGGAGCCACAGGGGGCCAAAGCUCCAGCAGGAGCCGCCAACACAGAGAAUUAGACUUCUGUCUCCCUUCAACCUCGUCAUCCUCCUUCUGCACCCGCCGUCACGCAGAGACAGUGUUGGUUCAUCAAGCCCCCUCAUCCUCCUCCUGCUCUUCUUCAACUUCAUGGUCUGGAGAGCACCUUGUGGGUGCUUGUGCAGGCCCCCUACCUCUCCGUAGAGACUCUGAGAGCAGCGACCAGCACAGUCUGCUUUCUGUCACCUCUGUAGACGAGUUUGCUGAUGAUAUCCCUCUGCUGAAGGAAGCAUGAAGCCUGUGGCCCGCUAUCAGCAGGAGCAGCUCCUUCCCCUAUCUGUCGCUGCUGUCCAGAACUGACUGUGGCUGUUUAUUUACUUCCCCUGACUCCCCUCUGUCCUCCAAGCAGCCAGCAGAGAAAUGACCAGAACAAUGCUCAGUCUCCUACUGCAACCUCUUCUGCUAUUCCCGUUUCAAAGCAAAACCGACAGCCAGUACCAAUACUGCAACAUGAGCAAUGUUGAGCCCACAGGACCCAAAUACUGGUUGAAACUUAGGAAAGGCCAGAUGCAUUGGGUACAGCCCGAUUGACGUAAAUCCUGUAGAUCCUGUGAAUAAGAGUAAAAAUUACUUAUUGAGUCAGGAUUGUUUAUCAUAGGUUAUGUAUUACCAUGCACUUGCCUCUCACCCAGUGUAAUCAUCUGUAUUCCCACUGCAAAUAGAGUUUGUUCUUUUAUUUUUGUGAUUCUUUUCCGGCAAAAGCCUUAGGCUCAUGAGCUCUAUUCGGGAUCUCUGUUGAUACAAAAAAAAAGCUUGAAAAGCUUUUGAUUUCUGGCUCUUAAAGCUUCGGCCCGCUGUAUUUUAAAACUUGUGAGGCACACCUGACUUUUCGCGGCCCUCUCCGCGAAUGCUGCAUGUUGUUUUUCAGUUAAUUGCUGUCACGGCGCACUGAACAAAGCAUGAAGCCUCCCCUGUUUCUCUCUAGCCCCCUCUCUCUCUGUGUGUGUUCGCUGUCGCUGUCUAGCAAAUGGAUUAGCAGGAGUGACAACCAUGUCACCAAACACCACAUCACAGCCAUAAAAAGACCUAUUUUUUUUUUAUUUUCCGCCACUAGCUGCAGCGGUAUCUAGAAGGCACUUCUUCUAUUGCAUGAGAUGGAUUUAUUGGUGUCUUGACUGCACAUCUGAAAAUUUUCGUACAAGAGAAAGGGUGACAUGGUCUGAAGAGAGAGGCCUGAUGUGAUUGGACAGUUGGCUAAACUUUUAUGGUUCUUAUCGUUUAAUUUUCUCCUCACUGUAUUUAUUGUUUGUGUGACUGUUUGCUUUGAGUUGCUGAAUCUGAGUAUGUAUGUAUUUUUGGGGUAGCCAGGCAGGAGAAAAUAUGUCCUGAUAUGGUAGGCCUUGAUAGGGCCCUUUCCUGGUUUGCCUGUGCUCAGAUUGAGGCCGGCAUGGUCCCAGUCUCUCACCAUAGGAAAAUAUCCCUCCCAACACUCAAAAAGUCACCAGCAUUACUUCUGGCAUUGGGUUUGCAACACAAUAUGGGUAUUUUCCCAGUGUUGAAUGGCUGUAAAACAUUACUCUCCUUAGAGGAACUGGCUCACACCCAUUUUCGUGCUGAACUAAAGACUCUCCACUGUUGUGAAUUGUGGACACAAACUGCAACUGGUUGCAGUAGAAUAAAGAAAAGAAUAAAAGCUUUGUUAGAUAGCAAUAUACCUCCCCUGACAUACACUCAAUCCUCUAACGCCAAGUGCAAAUUAAAGAGAGAAAACAUGUCCUGUUAGAAGUCAUCAUCUGUUUUUAUUAACGCCUGAAAAGCCUCAGUGCUUGAGCUGGUCACCCUGGAAACAACAUGGCUCGGACAAAUCUUGACAAUUAUUUCUUGAGCUUGGAAAACACACAGACACACACGACCUAUCGAAAUAUGUUAUUCCUUUUUUUUUUUGUGGCACUUUUUGGCCUGUCUUUGUCGGUGGCUACAUUAUUCAUGCAAACAAAAUGUUGCCUUAGAUUUGUACAUUUUCUUUUCAUUUAUUAUGUAUAAUCUUAAACCUCCAAAUUGAUUGCUUUACAGUUUUGCAACUUGUUUUCCCAAUUGCCUUACUCUAUUCUUUUUCUAUUCUAUGCAUAAAAUUGUCUUUAUUUAUGAGUGAGUUUACUUCUGUUGUGGGCACAACUAAGCGAAUGUCUGUCUGUCUAUGCCCCCCCUUCGCCCCACCACUGUUUUUUCAGUGACUGUGAUAAAGAUUAUGACGAUAAUAACAAUGAACCUAAAAGCACCUAUAUUUCAUUACCUUUUGGCUUUUAAUUUUUUUUUGGCUGCAAUGUUUCAAGUUUCAAGACGACUGGAGGAAGAAAAUUCCAUAAGAAGCACUGUUGUACGGUGUUUAGGUCUCAGAAAUAACAGGUUCACAUCAGCCACCUGGAUUCUUAAUUUCGAUGCUUUAAGCUUUGUGUUUUCUUUCUGUACAUGGAAGUGGGUGUGAAGAUAGUAAUUUAAUAUUUGUAUAAAGUUUAAUUUAAUUUUACAGUGUGUAUAUAACUUUCUAAUUAAAGCUUUCUUUUAAAUGUGGAA